AUGUUAAACUACGCCUUGGGUGUGCUCGAGCCUCAACUUAGAGGUGACCUUUAUAGGAACGCCUCGGCCCAGCAUGACUUUGAGAAGGAUCCGAUCAAUGUGAAGGUGUCGGCGGACGGGCUGUGGGUGAAAGCUGUGAAAGAGACUACAUUAGGAGCUGAUAAUGGUGUGGGAAUUACUGGGGCGCUGGCGGCUCUCACUGCUAUGCCUCGAGAGCCUCCGAUAGAGGUUAUUCUCACCGCCAAUGAGGAAACUAAUUUUGAAGGGGCUGAAGGGGCUGAGGAGAAGUUGGUGACUGCUGGUCGCAUGCUGAACCUUGACUCGGAGGAGAGCGGGGAGAUAUGCAUCGGAAGCGCUGGUGGCUUUGAACACAAAUUCUGGCUGCCUCUUGAUCGGUCCCCAGCCCCUGAAGGGUCGAUGCGGCGCUACCGAGUGGCCCUGAAGGGCUUUGCCGGGGGCCACUCGGGCAUCGAUAUCGCUGAGGACCGCCCCAACUGCAUCAAAGUCCUCAAGAGUUUAUUGGGUGGAGUGGUAUCACCCUCUGUGCUGGUGGCUGACGUCCACGGUGGGACGGGUCCUAAUGCGAUCCCACGUGAAGCAGCUGCAGAGGUCGUCACUACGCCAGAGUCUUGGGCUAGCGUGGCGAAGAGGAUAACGGAGCAUUUCGAGGUUUGGACGAUAGAAAUGCUCAGAGACUAUCCUACGGAAACUGCGGCCGUACUUGAGCUGGUUGAAUGUCCAUCGGCCGCUGUAGCAGAAGAUCCAUUGACCGCUGAAUCGACUGAAAAACUGUUAAGUCUGAUCGAGGAAGUCCAGCAUGGUGUUCUCGAGCUAGAGGAGGACCCUGAGGCCGGGUUGAAGACCAGCUGCAAUCUUGGCGUAGUGCGCACUAUGAAGAGGAACGGCGAGGACGGUGCUUUGGUACAUAUCUUCCCAAGGUCAACUUCAAUGGAAUCGAUGAAACGCCUCGGUGAAGAGUUUGCUAUGCUUGGGGACAAAUUUGCGGCAUUCAAUGAGGGUAACAUCUGUCCGUUCCCGGGGUGGGAGCCUGAUAGGAGCUCAGAGCUAUUGAAGGUGCCCGGGGAGGUUGGAGUGUUGUCAUCGAUAAAGUCAACCAUCGGUGGUGGUAUCAAUUCGUAG